CCACCCAUCCCCCCCGCGCCGCUACGCCGCCAAGCCCUAGCUAGGGUUUUGCCCUUUUCCUCCCCCGCCGCCCCCGCCCCCGCCCCCGCCCACAUGGAUCCCUUCUCGAAGAAGCGCAAGCCGGACGAGAACGGCGCGGUCGCCGUCUCCCCCGCCGCCGGUGCUGCCGCGCUCGGGCUCACGCGCGAUGACGUCCUGCGUCUCCUCGACCCGCUGUCCCGCGACCAGCUCGCCGACAUCGCCGCCGCCGCGGCGCUCGCCUCCGGGGUCGCGCUCGAUGCCGUGCGCGCCGCCGCCGACCGCGACCCGGCCCUGCGCAAGCUCUUCGUCCGGGGCCUCGGCUGGGAGACCAACUCCGACUCGCUCCGCGCCAUCUUCUCCGCCUACGGCGACCUCGAGGAGGCCGUGGUCAUCAGCGACAAGACCACCGGCCGCUCCAAGGGCUACGGAUUCGUCACCUUCCGCCACGCAGACUCCGCCCUCCUCGCUCUUAAGGAACCAUCCAAGAAGAUCGACGCCCGCGUGACCGUCACUCAACUCGCGGCCGCUGGCGCGGCCGGUGGGCCAUCCGGUGGAACUACCGGCGCAGGUGGUGUCCCUUCAGCAGACGUCUCACUGCGCAAGAUCUUUGUUGGGAACGUUCCCGCUGACAUGCCAUCAGAGCGCCUCCUCGCGCACUUCGCUUCCUAUGGAGAGAUUGAAGAGGGGCCGCUUGGGUUCGACAAGCUGACGGGCAAGUUCAGGGGCUUUGCGCUCUUUGUGUACAAGACACCUGAGGGGGCGCAGGCCUCACUAGUGGACUCAACUAAGGUAAUCGAUGGGCAACAGCUCUUGUGCAAGCUAGCCAUCGAGGGGAAGAAGGGGAAGCAGCAACCACAACAAUCUGGGCCUGCCGGGCAACAGCAACCACAGAUGCUCCAGGGUGGCCCGCCGGACAUGACGGGUUCUGGGCUUGGGCUAGGUGGAGCGCAGAUGGGUGGGCAAUAUGGUGGCCCUGGGAAUGGUAUGCCAUCGUUCGGCGCAUUUGGUGGUCCCAACCCAUAUGCGAACAUGCCAUCGUCCAUGAGUGGCGGUGGUGGAGCUGGUUUGGGCUCAAUGGGAAAUCAGAUGCAUUCCGGGAUGGGUUCUGCUGGGGCUGGUGCAUUUGGCACCGGCGGGCUGGGUGGUGGUUCAUUUGGGGGCUCAUCUCAGUUUGGUGGUGCUGGUAUGGGGCCUUAUGGUGGUCUAGGCAUGGGUGGGCCUUCCUCACUAUACCGUAUGCAACAGGGCUCAGGUGGGCUGCCCUCAGGCUAUGGCGAGGGUGGAAACUACCCUCUUCCAGGGUCUGGUUUCCGGGGUCAGGACCCUCAAGGGAUGUCACCAGGACCAGGUGGCAGGGGUCCUCCAAUGUACCCCAAUGUGCCACCUUAUUUCUAAGGGACCACGGAAUGAUUGUUUCAUUUGUGAUCGGAGAUGUUCUGAUUGUAGCACCAGUUUGUGCUGCAUUGUAGCACUGUUCAGAUUUAGCUAGUCGGCAAUGUGAAGUUCAAAAAUUGCACAAGUUUUUGUUAGUUGGCAGAAAUGUAUCUUCUGUUUUCAGGUGAGACCCUUCUGAAGAAGGGUUUAGUCUACUGACCUACCCACCUCGCCUAUGCAUUCCGUUUCCCUUGAGGUGGUCCCACAGAGCUCAAAUAAUGAGAUAGGCGUUGGAAAAGUAGUUAUAACAUGAAGAAAUAUGUGUGGGGACUUAUGCCUUGAGCUUGUCAGUGUUGAAUAUGAGAAAAGUCUGCCCCCAUCAGUUGUUGAAGCAUGGUCGGGAGCUGGUCAAGUUUGAUUUUGCUUGGUUUCAACCUGCAGGACAGACUCAGACUCCAAAAGAAUUUCACCGAGCAAUUAAUUUCCCGCCAUGAUAUUGUAACAUGAAUGUCAUCUUAGUUACAACAUAUUCUGGUUUAGUCUCACAUAUUAGACAUUGUGAUUAUUGUGAUACUUGUUAACAUGCCUUAAGCAUUGAUAUACUGUUUUGAAUAUAAUAAAUAUAUGUGCAUGUAUGUUUCACUUAA